AGCAGGGGCGGACUGACCAUUUGAGCACUCGGGCACUGCCCAAGGGCCCGGGGUCAGUAGGGGGCCCCAUGAGAUGCCCCUGGUACCUUUCAUUGACUUUUUUGGGUGUGGGCGAGGACACAGGGGCCCCAUGAUCCCCUAUUGCCCGGGGGCCCCAUGAGUUGUCAGUCCGCCCCUGUUUCCAAAUGGUCAGUCCGCCCCUGCUCACGGCCAUUGUCCAUUAGGCACAUACAGUGCCCAGAAAGACACCCCCACCUG